UUAUUGUCUUCACUGAUGCCUAACUCAAGUGAGCAGUCGCAUUUUGGAGGCUCUCUGGGCCAGCGUGGUCCUGAAUGGAUAGAAGGCCUGAACGACAGGGCUGCAGGUCGCUGUCAAUACUGCGGCAUCACUGCAGGGCGUAGGAGUUCUGUGCCAGGAGGAGACUGCGGAGAGUGGUACCACCAUCACCUAGAUCUUGGUGGGAAACAGGAGCCAGGAUCCAUAUACAACCAGAUCCAGCAGGACCGGCAUGUGCAGAACCUACUGAGGAAGACCUCUGUUCCUGAUCUGAGCAGCAGCCUCUACCUCAGGCAACUGAUGGCAGGAAGAGCCUCUGCACCGCCUCAGGAUUACUACCUGCUAGACGCUAUCUUAUCUGGUCUGCCACCUGAAGAUUCUGGGUUUUAUAGGGAUAACCAACACCUGCUGAGCAGAUCAGCCUCGCAUUAUGGGCCAAGUGCUGGGGGGGUGAGGCCUACCUGGGAUCAAGGACAAGCAAGGGCCACACCCUCCGUUCUGGCUUCUGCUUCUACACCUACCCCCGCACCUCCUCCUCCUCCACCUCCUCCUCCCCCGCCUCCGCCUCCCCCUCCUCCCCCUCCCGUUCACGAGCUGAGCCGUUUGUACAGGGAAACUCUGGCAUCUAAGAUGAUCCCAGACGUCCAGCGUAUUGGUGGCAGAUCUCCGUCUCCUGCGGUGUACGGGGUUCAACCCCCUCUAUCUUUUUACGCUGCUGAGCCCUCGUCUCUCCAAGCUUAUAACAAUAUCAACAACUCGUCUCUGGACAGCCGCCAGCCAGCUGCCACCACUUCAGCGGUGGAUCCAGCUUCUCAGGUAAUGGACGGAUUUCCCUCUCGAGCUUACGGAGCUGUAGCCUCCCAGAGGCUACCUUACGACCCAAACUAUGACCCCAGCUCAGCCAUGAUUGCUGCCACAGCUGGAAUGCCCACCAGUAUGCCUCCUCAUCAUCCCAGUGCUGCAGACCCAAAGAGGAUGGUGGACCCUGCUUUCUUGGCUUUCCUGCGAGCUGAAGGCCUGGCUGAAAGCACUAUCACUCUCCUGCUACAACAUGGCUUCGAUUCCACUCCAACACUUGGAAUGAUGGAGGACCAUGAUGUCCGCUCUGUAGCCCCUAACCUGGCACAGGCCCGUGUUUUGUCACGUGUUGUGCUUGGUUGCAAGGCGGGUAUGCCAGCCACACGUGCCCGAUCCAACAGCUUCAGCCACCGCGACCUAUAUAUGCAGCCCCAGGGUUUGACAAUGGACCCUGGGCUGAUGCACCAACCUCCCACCACCAUCCAGACCGUGUCCCCAAGGAUGGGAGAGUUUCUUGGCAGAAGACCAAGCAGCGCACCAUCUCAACACCUUUUGGAGACCACCACCUACCCAGGAGCACGGCCACUGGGACCUGGAGCUUUCCCAGUCAGUCCUGGAGGAUAUGGCAGUGCUAUGACUCAGGGAAGACCCCUAUCCUUGUACAAUGCCCAUACCGGUCUUGCUUUGUCUGCCCUUGGACAACAACCUCCACCAGCUCCAGGAACCCCUGGAGCAGCGCCCAAAACCUUCUCUGGCUCCUAUUCCCCCAUGGAGCUGAUGAAGAGAGCACCCAACCUUCCUCCAACAUCGCCAGUAGUAGCAUCAAGCCCCCUUCACAGCCCCCAACUUCUCCGGAAGGGGAUCAAUGCUGCCCCUGAAAGUAACCUCGCUCCUGCAACUUCAACGUCUACUCUCCAAGUGCAAAAUCUUAACAACAACAAGAUGGUGGGACGUCGCACUGGUCCACCUGUCAUAGUCUCAACCAUGACCACCACACCUGACACAAGUAUUCGGCCCCAAAUCAUGAAUGGGCCAAUGCAUCCCCGCCCCCUGGUGGCGCUGCUGGAUGGGCGCGACUGCACUGUGGAGAUGCCCAUCCUGAAAGACUUGGCGACUGUCGCCUUCUGUGACGCUCAGUCCACACAGGAAAUACACGAGAAGGUGCUCAAUGAAGCAGUGGGAGCCAUGAUGUACCACACCAUCACCCUGACCAGAGAGGACCUGGAGAAGUUCAAAGCUCUACGCAUUAUCAUCCGCAUCGGCAGCGGAUACGACAACAUUGACAUCAAGGCUGCAGGAGAGCUGGGCAUUGCAGUGUGUAACAUUCCCUCGGCAGCUGUGGAGGAGACGGCCGACUCCACCAUUUGCCACAUCCUCAACCUUUACCGGCGAAACACUUGGCUGUACCAGGCUCUCCGAGAGGGUACGCGGGUCCAGAGUGUGGAGCAGAUCCGCGAGGUGGCAUCUGGCGCUGCUCGCAUCCGGGGCGAAACCCUGGGCCUCAUCGGCUUCGGUCGUUCGGGCCAGGCGGUGGCGGUGCGGGCCAAAGUUUUCGGCUUCAACGUCAUCUUCUACGACCCGUACCUGCAGGACGGGCUGGAGCGCUCGCUGGGCGUGCAGCGCGUCUACACUCUGCAGGACCUGCUCUACCAGAGCGACUGUGUGUCCUUGCACUGCAACCUGAAUGAACACAACCACCACCUCAUCAACGACUUCACCAUCAAACAGAUGCGUCAGGGUGCAUUCCUGGUGAACACUGCACGGGGAGGCCUGGUGGACGAGAAGGCCCUGGCCCAGGCCUUAAAGGAGGGAAGAAUACGUGGAGCUGCGCUGGAUGUACACGAGACAGAGCCCUUCACAUUUGCUCAGGGCCCUCUCAAAGACGCUCCCAACCUGAUCUGCACACCGCACACAGCCUGGUACAGCGAGCAGGCCUCUCUGGAGAUGAGGGAGGCAGCAGCCACCGAGAUCCGAAGAGCCAUCACAGGCCGUAUCCCAGACAGCCUAAGAAACUGCGUCAACAAGGAGUUCUUUGUCACUACAUCACCAUGGGCAGUUAUGGAUCAGCCAGGUGUUCACCCUGAGCUCAACGGUGCCGCCUACAGAUACCCGCCAGGCGUAGUUGGAGUGGCUCCGGGCGGCAUCCCAGGGGCAUUAGAGGGCAUGGUGCCAGGUGGGGUGCCCAUUGCCCACACCCUGCCUUCUGGUACACACCCCUCCCAGGCCCCAUCGCCCAACCAGCCCUCCAAACACGGCGAGACCAGAGAGCACCUCACCGAGCAAUAGCAGCAGAAGGGAUCGAACCGCGACAUCUCAUCCGACCUGUUGACACUCACAACCAACCAAUCACAACGCAACUGACCAACUGGGACCAAGAGACAGUGAAACUACACAACGAGCCAGUCGGCAACUAGGAACAAAAGAAGUGUUCCGGGGAAUUUGUACUUUUAACGUUUUAGUUUUUACUCUCUCUGUCUCUUUGGGUUCAGUACCGACUUUACUCUUUGAUGAUGUUAUUUUUUUUUUGUUUUUCUUCUUCGGGACAUGCCUAUGAUUGUGGACACAGAGUCCAGUGUUUUUAGCCCUCUGGGAUGAAUCGAUGAGACUCUGUCCUGACCCCCCAUCUACACCUCAGAGCUCAUGGGAAACGUAGGCCCACAUCUCAACACAACAAUGGGCGAACAAGAGAGAAAAACUUUGGCAUCAUGUGCUACUGGACCUUAUACCCCUCCUCCUCCUCCUUAUAACUCCAUCCUGAUCCUCCUCCUCCUCCUCUCCUCCAGCCCUCCUUAUGUAACUAAUGUGUGUUGUUUAGGCCCCUCAUUAUGCCUCAGAAGAGAAUUAUUAUUAUUUUCUUUUUCAAUCUUCAGUGUGAAUGACUUAAAAUGGAUUAUUAAUUAUAUAUAUUUAUCAUUCGUCAAACAAGAGGAAAAGAUUGCUCAUCAGUUUUAGUGAUCUAGAGUGGGUUUUAACCCUUUCCUGGCAGCAGACAAAUGAUGUGUCAUGGUUGCAGUUGCAGGACUUCACCACACGAGGGCGCUUCUACACAGCGUGAGGGAUGUCACCCGCACCUGUAAGAACACAAGGUGCUCCAGUUUAUUCAGAGCCGUCAGCAAGAAACACUACGCAAACAUUCACUUUAUACAUUUGUAAGUAGCUGAAUUUUGGGGUUGUAUGAAUUUAGAGGGAGCUUCUGGCAAAGUAUUUAACUUUUUGUUUGAGUUAGUAAGAGUUGGUGAUUCAUCAGUGUGACUGUGAGCAGUGAAACAGGAAUAAUAAAAAAAGUUUGGAUGAAGGAAUCGCAUUCUAGUGUAGACAAACUGACCUUCUGAUCACAGCUGACGAUCAUAUCACAGAAUGUGACCCUUUCUUUGCGCGCACUGAAGACAGGAAAGGGUUAAAGCAAACAUCUUUUCUUAAUGACUCAGGAAAAACACUUUUUUGCAGAUAUUGUUUAUGCCCAGAAUUUUGUCUUUGAGGAAAAAAAAAAGAUGAGACUAAUGUUGUUAGUCGGUAUAUUUCCUCUCCUCCCUCAUCCUCUCCAUUGUGGUAUUUUUAUAUACAAGGCGCAUCCCACGUUUUUUGGUGUUAAAGAGUUUUGAAGAGUCCUGUUAGAUUUGUAAUGCCUAGUUAAAUGUUCCUAUAACCAUAGUCCUUUGUGAUCCGCCCCUCUCUCUCUCUCUCUCUCUUCUCUCCUUCUAUUUUUCUUUGUUCUAUUGAAGGCCAGGUUUCUUUGGGGGGGCAUCCUGUACUCUGUAAGAGCAAUAGCAGAAACUCCUACUUAGUGUCCCGACAUUAGCGAAGAGGCAGCCAGCAGUAUGUUUUUGUUUUUAGUGUGAGUAUUUGUAUUUGUUUCUUGUACAAGGUGAACAUUUAGCAUUCAGUGCAGUUCAAAUAAAAGAUACGAUUCUGAGAAAA